AUGUCAGGGGUCGUCGCCCUCGAUACUUUCGACCCAGAAGGCACGCAAUAUAUGCGCCAGACUUUUCCGGAUGUUAUUGAGCCCGGUCAUUCCUCGCAUUCCUCCUGGCCCGAACAUGCUGUCGGGCUCUUCGUCGCGAAAAGCAAGGUUACCGCGGACCUGAUCCGGCAGACUAAGGAAUUGAAGUUCAUCGUACGCCAUGGCGCCGGUUACGACAACAUAGACGCCGAGGCAUGUAGAGAGAAAGGUGUCAUACUAUGCAAUCUCCCGGGCAUAAGCGCUCUAAACGUCGCCGAAGUCGCCCUGGCUCUCGUGGGCGCUUGCUCCAAGAACCUCGUGGAGGUAUCGAGGCAAAUGAGAGCUGGUGAAAGGCUUAAUAAGAAGUUUAAAAGCCUUUACUCGGCGACUUUGCUAACGGAAAAGACUUUCGGCAUCAUCGGAGGUGGCCGAAUCGGUCAACUCACAGCAAAGAAGUAUAUCGGCGCCUUCGACGGUAAGAUCCUAAUGUACGAUCCCUACAUUCCGACAGAUGGAACGACCCCUUGGAGUCUGAUCCCACAUGAACGGGUUAACUCAAUCGAGGAGCUGGCGCCUCGCGUCGACGUGCUGUCUCUUCAUGUACCUCUUCUCCCUACCACGAAGGAUCUCAUCACGCUUCCGAUAAUGAAGAGUAUGAAACCGACCGCAAUACUUAUCAACGUGGCACGUGGCGGGGUCGUCAACGAAGAAGACUUAUGGUCGGCUUUGAGAGGAGGCGUGAUUGCGUCUGCGGGUGUCGACGCAUGGGUCAGCGAGCCGCCGAUUAAAGGGGUUUACGGGGAUGUUUUGGAACUGGAGAACUUGGUCAUGAGCCCUCAUAUCGGCGGGUCUCCAGCGGAGAUUCAAAGAGCUACCUGCAUCAGCAUGGUCGACCAUAUGAAGGGGAUGAUUGAUGGGAAGCCUCCUAGAGAUCGAGUCACAUAGAACCAACUACUUUGGCUAUAUUGGUUACUUAGAUACCGAGGUAGUUAUGUACGAAAAUGUCUAUUGUGUUUAUGAGGUUGCGAUAACGCCCAUUUAGUAGCGAAAUGAGUUAAAUGAAAUUAGUGGGCGCGGUAGGCUUAAGACUUGACGCCGAUUUCUUCCAUUCAUGUUGCGAAAAUAA